CGCCAUUGCUAUUGUUUGUGGUAUAUCAUGCAGAGAGUUCCAGAGAAAUUGGGAGGGCUGAGGGGAUACGACGAAAUCAAGAGACAAUUACACAACGCAGUCUAUAAUUCCUUGAAGAUAGCUGAAUUCGAAACUUCAUGGGCGGAACUGAUCAAGCGGCACACACUGGGGGAUAAUAGAUGGCUUCAGACAUUGUAUGAAGAUCGGCAGAUGUGGGUGCCAGUGUACGUAAAAGACACAGUUUUCGCAGGAAUGAUCCCUAUCCGAGAAAACAAGAGCUUGACGCCAUUUUUUGAUGGUUAUGUACAUAAGCAUACGUCGUUUAAGGAAUUUGUUGAUAAGUACGAUUUUAUCGCUGCAUAGGAAGCGCGUCAAAGAGGUGGCAGCGGAUGUGGAGUCGAGAAGUUCAAUUGUUGAACUAAAAACGAGAUGUAAUUUCGGAGAACAGCUACGGAAGGUAUAUACGAAGGAAAUUUUCCGGAGGUUCCAGUUGGAGGUUGAGGGCAUGUACUCCUGUUUCAACACAAGGCAGGUGAAUGUGAACGGGCCUAUACCGACCCACAUAGUCAAGGAACGGGUUGAAGUUGAAGGAAACGAGAAGGAAGUCAGAUGCUAUGAGGUUUUGUACGAAACAACACAGGUCAAUAUCCGAUGCAUCUGCAGUUUGUUCAACUACAAAGGUUAUCUAUGCAGGCAUACGUUGAACGUUCUUAAUUAUAACGGCGUGGAAGAAGUCCCAUCGUGCUACAUUCUGCCGCGUUGGAGUAAAGAUUUCAAGUGCAGAAGAAGGGGCACAAUCGGAAGAACAUUAUAAGACUACCUUACAAGCAUUGGUGGAGUUAUUAAACAAGCUUCAUCUUGUAGAGGAUAACCAAGUGUAACAUACAACGGUAUGUAGAAAUAUCCUCUUUAAAGAUGACUGCUGUUUCUUUUGAA